CAUUCAAGAUGGCGGAGCGCGGGGCGAGAGGCAGCGGCAGCAGCGGGGACAGCCUGGACAAGAGCAUCACGCUGCCCCCGGACGAGAUCUUCCGCAACCUGGAGAACGCCAAGCGCUUCGCCAUCGACAUAGGCGGCUCGUUGACCAAGCUGGCAUACUACUCCACCGUGCAGCACAAAGUGGCCCGCGUGCGCUCCUUCGACCACUCGAGUGUGGACACAGAACUGGACCACGAGCCUCCCUACGAGAUCUCGGUGCAGGAGGAGGUGACAGCACGCCUACACUUUGUGAAGUUCGAAAACAGCUACAUUGAGGCCUGCCUGGACUUUAUCCGAGACCACCUGGUCAGCACUGAGACCAAAGUCAUCCAGGCCACUGGAGGCGGGGCCUACAAGUUCAAGAGCCUCAUUGAGGAGAAGUUGCGACUGAAGGUGGACAAGCAGGAUGUGAUGACGUGUCUCAUCAAGGGCUGCAACUUUGUGCUGCGGAACAUCCCGCAGGAGGCCUUUGUGUGCCAGAAGGACGCUGAGCCUGAGUUCCGCUUCCAGACUGCCCACCCGCACAUCUUCCCCUACCUGCUGGUCAGCAUCGGCUCUGGGGUCUCCAUUGUGAAGGUGGAGGCCGAGGACAGGUUCGAGUGGGUUGGCGGCAGCUCCAUUGGUGGCGGCACUUUCUGGGGUCUCGGAGCUCUGCUGACUCAGACAAAGAAGUUCGAUGAGCUCCUGCAGCUGGCAUCCCGGGGGCAGCACGCCAACGUGGACAUGCUGGUGCAGGACAUCUAUGGCGGCGCUCACCAGACCCUGGGACUCAGCGGCAACCUGAUUGCCAGCAGCUUCGGCAAGUCGGCCACGUCCGACACAGAGUUCUCCAAGGAGGACAUGGCCAAGAGCCUGCUGCACAUGAUCAGCAAUGACAUCGGGCAGCUGGCCUGUCUGCAUGCCAAGCUGCACGGUCUGGACCGCGUGUACUUUGGCGGCUUCUUCAUCCGGGGCCACCCGGUCACCAUGCGCACCAUCACCUACAGCAUCAACUUCUUCUCCAAGGGGGAGGUCCAAGCCCUGUUUCUGCGACACGAAGGCUACCUGGGAGCUAUUGGAGCCUUCCUGAAGGGAGCUGAGCAGGACAACCCCAACCAGUACAGCUGGGGAGAAAACUACGCGGGCAGCUCAGGGCUGAUGAGUUCGUCCCCGGAGCUGUGCCCCACACAGCGCGCCCGGAGCAGCACUUUCGACAUGCUGGAGAUGGACCGGCUGGAGCGGCCGCUCGUCAACCUGCCCCUGCUUCGGGACCCCUCGUCCUACGUGCCCGAUACAGUGGACCUCACUGAUGACGUGCCUGCGCGCAAAUACUGGCUCACCUGCUUCGAGGAGGCGCUGGAGGGGGUGGUGAAGCGUGCGGUGGCCAGCCAGCCGGGCUCUGCAGAUGCAGCCGAGCGCGCUGAGAAGUUUCGCCGGAAGUACUGGGACAAGCUGCAGACGCUGCGCCACCAGCCCUUUGCCUAUGGGACCUUGACUGUGCGCAGCCUUUUGGACACGAGGGAGCACUGUCUGAAUGAGUUCAACUUUCCUGACCCCUACUCCAAGGUGAAACAGAAGGAGAACGGGGCGGCCCUCAAGUGCUUCCAGACGGUGGUCGGCGCCCUGGACGCUCUGGGCUGGGAGGAGCGGCAGCUGGCCCUGGUGCGGGGACUCUUGGCCGGAAACGUGUUUGACUGGGGAGCCAAGGCCGUGUCGGACGUCCUAGAGUCCGACCCCCAGUUUGGGUUUGAGGAGGCCAAGAGGAAGCUGCAGGAGAGGCCUUGGCUGGUGGACACGUUCGCCGAGUGGCUGCAGCGACUGAAGGGGCCCCCUCACAAAUGUGCCUUAAUUUUCGCAGAUAACAGCGGAGUAGACGUCAUUUUGGGAGUCUUCCCCUUUGUGCGGGAGCUUCUGUCUAGAGGGACGGAGGUCCUCCUGGCCUGCAACUCAGGCCCAGCGCUCAAUGACGUCACCUACAGCGAGUCGCUGAUCGUGGCCGAGCACAUCGCAGCCAUGGACCCCGUCAUUCACGCGGCACUGGACGAGGAGAGGCUCCUGCUGCUGCAGACGGGCUCCAGCUCCCCCUGCCUGGACCUCAGCCGCCUGGACAAGGGGCUGGCCGCCCUGGUGCGGGAGCGCGGCGCCGACCUGGUGGUGAUCGAGGGCAUGGGCCGCGCUGUGCACACCAACUACCACGCCGCCCUGCGCUGCGAGAGCCUCAAGCUGGCCGUGGUGAAGAAUGCCUGGCUGGCCGCACGCCUCGGGGGGCGCCUCUUCAGCGUUAUCUUCAAGUAUGAGGUCCCAGCGCCCUGAGCGCAACUGCCAAUAGAUUCACAGACUCAGCC